AAAAUGGGAAAAACCUCCAAAGACAAGCGAGAUAUCUACUAUAGGUUGGCAAAAGAGGAAGGAUGGCGUGCUAGAAGUGCUUUUAAAUUGCUUCAAAUUGAUGAAACAUUCAAAAUCUUCGAGGGAGUCACACGGGCUGUUGAUCUGUGUGCUGCUCCUGGUAGCUGGAGUCAGGUACUUUCGAGGAGACUGUAUGAAGGUCGGGAGGAUACUGCGGAUGUCAAGAUAAUUGCUGUGGACUUGCAAGCUAUGGCAGCCCUUCCGGGAGUCACUCAAAUUCAGGGAGACAUCACAAAAUUAAGCACUGCCAAAGCGAUUAUUGAUCAUUUUGGAGAUAAAAAAGCCGAGUUGGUGGUUUGCGAUGGAGCUCCUGAUGUGACUGGUUUGCACGAUAUCGAUGAAUACAUCCAGUCUCAACUGCUACUCGCUGCUUUGAGUAUAACUACCCAUGUCCUGAUGCCAGGUGGUACAUUUGUGGCGAAGAUCUUUAGGGGGAAGGAUACAACUCUCCUAUAUUCUCAGCUGGAUAUUUUCUUCGACUCUGUCUCCAUUACAAAGCCUCAGAGUUCCCGGAAUUCCAGCCUAGAGGCUUUUGUGGUCUGCAAAAAUUACAAUCCCCCUAAGGGCUUUAUUCCCCAAAUGAUCAAUCCCAUGAUCGAUGAUGUGAAGAUCCUCAUAGAAGAAACCGAUUCGGAAGUCAAUAAAAAACUCAUUCCAUUCAUCGUAUCGGGAGAUUUGCGCUACAAUUAUGAUUCUGAUAUGUCCUACAAUCUUCCGGUGAAUGAGGAGGGACAGUAUGAAUGGAAGGAUGCUGUCCAGAAACCCAUUUGUCCACCCUACGAGGAGAUAAUCGAGAUGACAAAAACCAUGUCCCUGAAGAAUUCAGCGAUUGUGAAGCAAAGUGAGGAAAAAUAAAAUUAUGUCUACUUUAA